ACGCUUGCAACUCCAUCAUGUUUAAGCAAGGUGAGGGACUGUACGACAUGUGCCUUCUUGGCAACGACAAAGUCUCUGAAGAGGGCUUCAUGGAGAACCUUACCACACGGUUCAACACGCGGAAUAUCUAUACGUACAUCGGCGAACAAGUGGUUUCGGUCAACCCGUUCUGCUACCUCGACAUGUACUCGGAGGCGACCAUGGACGAGUACAUCGGCCGCGCCAUGUACGAGGUCUCGCCGCACAUCUAUGCGCUGGCGGACGACACGUACCGUGAGCUGAUGUCGAGCAAGGAGAACCAGUGCGUGCUCAUCACCGGCGAGUCAGGCGCCGGCAAGACCGAAGCGUCGAAGAUCUUCAUGCAGUACAUUGCGUACAUCUCGUCGUCGUCGUCGAUGGCCGGCGACAUCAAGGACAAGCUCCUCAAGUCGAACCCAAUCUUGGAGGCGUUUGGCAACGCAACGACGCUGCGGAACAACAACUCGUCGCGAUUCGGCAAGUACAUGGAGAUCCAGUUUGACUACGGCGGAGCGCCCGUCGGUGGGCGCAUCUCGCAGUACCUGCUGGAAAAGUCGCGUGUGGUGACCCGUGGCGAGGGCGAGCGCUCGUUCCACGUCUUUUAUCAGCUGCUCUCGCAGACUGGCCGGCUCGCUGCGCUCUCGCUCGACGCCGACCCGUCGGCGUACAACUACCUCGCGUGCUCAGGCUUGUACUCGGUCCCAGGCAUUCGCGAUGCCGCCGACUUUAAGGAAAUGGAGAACGCCAUGCGAGUGCUUGGGUGGGCCAAGGCCGACCUUGACAACUGCAUGCGCAUUCUUGCUGCCAUCCUGCACCUUGGCAACCUCGACUUUGAGCCGGACGCACGCGCGUCAGCCGACCUCAACACCGACUGUGUGGCGGUGUCGAACCCGCAGCUCCUCGCCAUUGUCGCCGACCUGCUGCAGGUCGACUACGGGGCGCUCGAGUCCGCACUCAAGUCGCGGUCUAUCUCAUCGGGUGCGUCAGCGCGGCAGUCGCACAUCAUGGUCCCGCUUGACCUCGAUCAGGCGUACUUUACCCGCGACGCGCUGUGCAAGGGCCUCUACGCUGCGCUCUUUGAGUGGGUCGUCGACCGCAUCAACCUCAACAUCCAGGCCUCGGCCUCCAACGCCUCCGAGGUCGUCAUCGGCGUCCUCGACAUCUACGGCUUUGAGAUCAUGGAACUCAACUCUUUUGAGCAGUUCUGCAUCAACUACUGUAACGAGAAGCUUCAGCAGCUGUUCAUCAACAAGGUGCUCAAGUCGGAGCAGGCCGAGUAUGCUGCCGAGGGCAUCGCCUGGACCGAGAUCGACUACUUUGACAACGAGCCCAUCAUCAGUAUGAUCGAGGGCAAGGGUCGCGCCCAGCCGGGCAUCAUUCCGCUCCUCGACGAGGCCUGCCUUGUCGGCCGAAACACGCCCGUGACGGUGGUCGAGAAGUUUGCCGGCUCCCUCUCGGCCUCGGCUCACUUUGACGCCACCGUCGGCGAGCCCGAGGAGUUUGUUAUCGACCACUACGCCGGCGCAGUCAUGUACAACACCGGUUCGUUCCUGUUUAAGAACAAGGACACGUUCUUUGACGACCUCGUCAUGGCGCUCAUGACCUCGGCCAACUCGAUGGUUGUCGAGAUGUUCACACCCAAGGCGAGUGCGGGUGGCGGCGGCGGACGCGGGCGCGGCGGACCAAGCUCGUCGGCGGGCGGCUCGCGGUUUGGGAGCGGGCGCGGCCGGCAGGGUGCCGGCGGCGGCAAGACCCGGCCCAAGACUGCCGGGUACAAGUUCAAGACCUCGGUCUGCGAGCUUAUCGAGAAGCUCGACGCGUGCACACCGCACUACAUCCGGUGCAUCAAGUCGAACGACGAGAAGCGGGCCAACUACCUCGACGCCGAGCGUGUCCGGCACCAGAUUGUGUACCUCAACCUGGUGGAGACGGUUCGGGUCCGGCGUGCUGGAUUCUGCAACCGCCAGCCGUACGAGCGCUUCCUCUGGCGGUACAAAAUGAUCUCGCCCCAGACAUGGCCGGUGUGGCGCGGCUCACCCCGCGACGGCGUCGUCGCCAUUCUCGACCACAUCGGCGUCGACCGGUCCGAGUACGAGCUCGGCCGCACCAAGCUGUUUAUCAAGGACGCGCCGACGUUCAUGCUCGUCGAGCAGCGGCGGAUCGAAGAAAUGCCCAAGGUGGCAGUCAUGAUCCAGAAGGUCUGGCGCGGGUACUCGGUCCGCAAGAACUUUGUGCAGCACCAGAUGGCGUUCAAGAUCCAGGACCUCUGGCGGCGCUACCGCUCAAAGCGGUACUUCCGGGCUGUUGCCGAGGUCUUUGCCGGCGUUGAGUCGGAUCCGAACUGGGGGCGGUAUAUCCAGUGGCCGCGUGCCGAGACCACGUUCAUUGCGUCGGGCGUGGCCAACCUCAAGAAGGUCCACCUCAACUGGUGGGCGUACAACAUGGUCACCUCGCUGACCGAGGCGCAGCAGGGCGUGAUGCGGCAAAAGGUCGAGGCGCACACGCUGCUCUCGGGCCGCAAGCCGUGGAACUGCAACGCGCCGUUCAAGGGCGACUACCUCGAUGACCCGGCGACAAACCCUGGCUUUGCAAAGUACAAGCACGCCAUCGUGACUCUCUUCCAGGCCGGCGGUGACUCGAUGAUUCGCUUCGCUGCCAACGUCGAGAAGGUCAACCCCAAGGGCAAGCCACAGCUCCGCACCUUCGUCGUCACCGAUGAGAACAUGUACAAGUACGACCCGAAGAAGUUUGUCGUCAAGAAGGAGGCGAUCCCGCUUGCAGAGGUGACCAAGGUCUCGGUCUCGCCCCAGGGCGAUGGGCUCGUCGUCAUUCACAUGAAGAAGCCCAUCCGCGAUGUUGUCCUCAACGCCGCCGCCCCUGGCGCGCCCAACCUUCUGCCGGAGCUUGUCUCAGCCAUCUCCUCGCAGUACCUCAACCUCACUGGCCGCCGCCUCGAGUGCGCCGUCAACGACCGCAUCGAGUUCAACAACUCGGUCGUGGCCGACCCCAACAAUCCGACCGUGACCAAGGCUCCAGGCACCGCCGCCGUUGUCUCGUUUGUCAAGUCGGGCGCCGUGCCCGGUAGCGUGUGGAAGAAGGGCAAGGGUGUCCACAUCGUCGAGUGGGCGUAGUCGCCCAACAAUGAGAUGCUCUUAAUUGUCGUUGCAGACCAGAUAAAGAGGCUCUCGCGCAAGA